ACGCCGUUUCCUUCACAUGAGCAAAUUAUAGAGAAAAUUGAAUUGAACCUUCAAUGGGUUCGCGAAAACAUUUCUCAGAAGGACUCGGGUCUCCUUAUCCCGAAUAAUUUUCAACAAACCGCUCCAAAUCAUGACGAAUUGAGAUCUCACACGUUUCAUCACACUUAUGAUUUGAGUCAACCGUUCUUGAACCCACAGACCGUGGCUUUUACAAAUAUGCUGAACAUUGAGAAUAAAAUUAAUUCUAAUGGUCAGGUUGUUGAAAAAGUGAGUCCGUAG